CCCAGAAUCAUAACAAAUAUUAUAAAUUAAAUAGCAGACAGAAUUUAAAGCUAAAAGGAUGGUUCUUUGUAGGUUUUUUCUCCAAGGUAGCUGCAGAUUUGGGACUAAAUGCAAUAAUGAACACUUGGACAUCAAACAACUUGUGAAAACCGAUUUAGAAGCUGCAAUUAAUGGAAAGCAAUGGCCAAUAUCUUGUUUUGGACCCUUUAAAGAUAAACCCUGUAUACCAAGUUUCAUAGAAGAUCAAUCCUUCGAAGAGAUUCGUUGGCUAUGUUAUGAAGCAAAACAAAAGAAUUGUGUGGAUCAAUAUAUCCAGCAUUUCUCCAAGGAAGUGAUGGAAGCAAAUAAUAAGAUGAAAACCAUGUUGCAAUUAUCUCCAGCUGUUAUAGAUGUUAUUUGCCGUCUUUACGAUACUCCUGCUGAUGGUAACGCUAUCGCAGGAUUAACAAAAAGUAAUGUUAAUAACCCUUUCGGACUUGGAGGUAAUGUUGUCAACGAUACCACCUCAAUAUUCAACAAGCCUUUAAGUGGUAAUAAUUUUGGUGGAGCUUUUGGCAAUAAUACUACUACUACUGUCGGACAAACUCCCACGCAGGGUGGAAGUAUUUUUGGGGGAGGUGGUUUAGCCUUCAGUUCGCAAAACCAGCAGUCUUCGAUUUUUUCACAACAGUUACAAAAACCGGCCUCUUUGUUUGGAGGUGGGGGCACACAAGGAAGUUUAUUCGGGCAAACUCAAACAAAUACCGGAAUUAUUGGUGGACUUUUCGGACAAACACCACAACCAACUGGUAAUGUAUUUGCUCAAACAGCGUCACAACAGCAACAACCGCAACCUGCAGCCAUUGGAUUAUUUGCUCAACAUGCACAACAACCACAAUCAGGGUCUCUAUUUGGACAACAAAAUCCAACUCAAACAGCAACAGGAGGCAAUUUGUUUAAUCAAAGUAUUCAUCAGCAGCAGCAGCAACAACACAAUGGAACAAAUGUAUUUGCGCAAGCAAUGCAAUCACAGCAAACACAAUCAGGAUCCGGAUUCCCAAUGUAUCAGACCAAUAAACCUCAAACAUCUUCUGUUUUUGGACAACAAAAUGUUUAUGCACAACAGAGCUCAGGAGGAAUGUUUGGUCAAAUAGCUGCAAAUACACCUGGGCAUAAUCCUAAUAAUUUAUUUGCACAACCGGUCACUACAACAGAUACAAAUGGUAUGUUUAAAAACCCACAAAACGUAUUCGCCCAAGCUAUACAACAACAACAACAGCCUCCUCCAAAUAUGUUUUCACAAACAAACCAAACCUCAACAACAAUGCAACCAGCACCAGCCUUUUUCCAACAAAAUAGUCAAUCACAGCAAAUAACAAAUCAGAAUGCAGCGUUUGCACAGCCCAUGGGAGUUAAUAACUCUUCGUUGCCUCUUUUACAAUCGCCAGUGGUAAGUAGCUCUGUCUAUAGCAAAUUGGAGGAUCUUACUUCUGAAGACAUUGAAGCAUUCAAAGCUGACACUUUUACGCCGGGUCGAAUUCCAAAUGUUCCACCUCCUAGAGAGUUGAUCAAUUAAGAAAUUCUA